AUGUAUUGGAAACAGUGGGCUCUGAUGCAAAUAAGUAGUGCUUUUCUCAAGAGAGACAUUCCUAAUAAGAUUAGGGAUCCUGAAAGCUUUACAAUCCCUUGUUCUAUUGAAAUGAUUGAUUUGGGUCACAUUGUAACCGAUUUAAGAGCCAAUAUUAACUUAAUGCCACUUUCUAUCAUUAAGAAAUUAGGGAUUGGGGUGGCGAGACCGACAACAGCAUCACUCCAAUUGGCGAAAAAAUCCAUUACUUAUCUUGAAGGGAAGACAGAGGAUAUUCUAGUACAAGUGGACAAGUUUAUAUUCCUAGCUGAUUUCACAAUUCUGGAUUACGAGGAGGCCAAGGAAAUGCCCAUUAUCUUGGGUAGGCCAUUUUAUGCAUAA